AUGCCGGGCCCAGCGGCCACCCUGAUGAUCGAAGAUGCCUUACAGGCCAUGGUUCGAAAAGAUGGAAUGGUGGGCACCAAAUACGAGAAGUCCAAAGGCUUCAUUCCAAUGGGCAGCCAUUGCUGCUUCGGUGACUUUCCAACCGACUACUUGCCAGAAGGAGUGAAAUCCAAGUUGAAGGCAGCGCAGCGGGCAAGAACCGCUCUGUUGCCCCGAAUCAAGUCAGAUCCAGGAUUGACGAUUGCUAGCAAGAUUCAGGGCUUCAGUUGGAACCCACACUUGCCUCCAGAUGAGCCUCCGUUUGCAGGGGCCCGAAAGCGCCAGAUUAUCACCGCAUCACAGUUCCGGAAUUUCUAUGAUCGCGGAGACUUGCCUAUUUGCAUCCUUCAUGGCUCCGUUGGAGGAAAGAUCACUUGGAAAGUUGACUUGGAAAGGUUGGACUACCAUCAUUUCUUGCCCAUCUUCUUUGAAGGUCUUCGAGAGAAGGAGGAUCCCUACCGUUUCCUGGCGGUGACCGGGACCUAUGACAUGCUUGCUCGAGGCGGUCCCAAGAUCCUGCCUGUGGUUCCUCAACUCAUCAUCCCCAUGAAGACCGCCUUCAACACCAAGGAUCCAGCGAUCAUUUGCACCGUUCUCAAGGUCUUGCAGACGUUAGUCCUCAGUGCUGAUAUGAUUGGUGAGGCCCUUGUUCCUUACUAUCGCCAAAUCUUGCCAACCUUUGCUUUGUAUAUCGGAAAGAACAAGAAUUUGGGACAUUUGAUGGACUAUGCACAACGCAAGAGGUUGAACCUGGGCGAGUUGAUCCAUGAAACCUUGGAAAUCCUGGAAGCCCAUGGAGGCUUAGAUCCUCGACCCGUGGCCUGUGUCGUGGGUGUUUCACUGGGAGCGGUUGCGAGACAGGCCUUCAAUUCUUUGUCUGUCCAAAAAACCAUUCCUGGGGUUCAAACGACCAAAGUUCAGUCCGACUCCGAAGAGCUUGAAGAGCGCCUCAAUGAAACGCUCAAGCGCUCUGAGUGCGCAGCGAUAAAGAAGAUUCCGGCAGGACCGCUCUAUGGCAGUGGCAACGAAACAGUCGAUGUGAUGGCCAUUUCAGUGCGAGAUCCUGGGAAGAUCAUGGGGCCUGAGGACUACUGGGCCAUGCUAUCUGGAGGGUGUGACACAAUUGUCCAGGUGCCUUUGGAACGCUGGGAUUUGGACUUGUACUACUCUGCAGAAGCAGAUGUAGAGGGGAAGGGCUACGUCCAGCACUUUGGCAUGCUCAAUGACACACAGAUGGCCAUGUUCGACAACCAGUUCUUCAACAUGUCAGCUGAAGAGGCGAAAAUGCUUGAUCCAGUGCAAAGGAAUUCGCUGGAAGUCGGCUACGACUGUUUCUAUAGAUCUGGCUGGACUUGUGAUUCGUUGCGUGGGGUGGAGAUGUGUGCUAGUUUCGGCUAUGCUGCCAGCGAGUUUGUGACCAACAUGGCAAUGAGAGGAGCUUUUGGCUACACAGACCAGAUCUACCUCCAAAACAAUCCCUCAGCUUGUGCAUCUAGGCUCCACUUCGUGUUUGGCAUGAAAGGACCAGUCUCAACUACGGAGACGGCAUGCUCGUCUUCUCUGUCAGCAGUUGGCCUGAUGCACAAUAAUCUGCGCCCGGUCAUGCCGGAGCAGACGAAGGAUAUGGCAGCAAUGAGGAAGCAGGUGAAGUAUGGCAUAGCGAUUGGUUCAAACGGACACUUCGAUCCAUUUUACACCAUUGCCUUGUGCGGUGCUUCCAUGUUGUCUCACGUCGGACGAUGCUUUACUUUCGACCAGUCGGCGGAUGGCUUCAUUCGCGGCGAGGGCUGCGGAGCCAUGGCCUUUCGGGUCAGCAGCAAAGAAGACCUCGCGAGGCUGGCGGUUCUUUGCGGCACCUGCUUGAAUCAGGAUGGUCGAAGUGCAAGUCUAACUGCCCCUCAUGGACCCUCGCAGCAGGAAUGCAUUAGGUCUUCUCUGCGAGAAGCUGGGAUCAGGUCUUUGGAUAUCCAAAUCCAGGAACUGCACGGAACGGGAACAGCACUUGGAGAUCCCAUCGAGGUGGGAGCCCUUCGAGCCACCAUGAUGAAAUUUGAAGGUCAGGUCCGACAUCAUCCACUGGUGAAAACGAGUUCAAAGUCCAACCUCGGUCACACAGAGAUGUCUGCAGGGAUCAAUGGCCUCAUGAAGUGUGUCUUGAUGGGCUGCUAUGCUGCUUCAGCGCCGAACGUUCACUUAAGGCUCCUGAAUCCUCACAUCGAUGAUGCCGCCUAUCCGGUGUACUUCACGCCAGAAUUUGUGGACCAGGGUAAGGAGACUGGUUUCUUCGGCGUCUCAUCCUUCGGAUUCGGUGGAUCCAAUGCUCGUGGUGAUAUUUGGUGUCGUGCCCAAGCUGGACCUCGCAACACCUCCCAUGAUGACAAAAUGAGCUUUGGUUGCGAUCGGAUCUAUCGAUGUAUCGACGCCUUCGGUUCGCUCACAAUGCCACUGCCAGGCGUGGAACCGUUUGAGACCGAACAUGGUGACUCCACCGAAGGUCUAAGCGGUGAAUACACAGUUGGUGCGAAGCUCCAGGGCAAGACAGAGUACUUUGUUGUGAGCAGUGCCAAUGGUUGGUCCUAUGGCAAAAUGACUUGGGACGCAUCUUUGAAGGCUCAUUGCUAUGCCAUCAUGAUGGGGGAGGCGCUCCGCGAACAAUUCCAGAUCUCCUGCGAUGGGUUUGACGACCUCAAAAUUUUUCCGGCCAAGCGGCUGGCAGACCCAGAGGCAAUCGUGCUGGGACCUGGUGCAGCUCCGUCAGAAUGCUUUGAAGCCAUGAGUUUUUCAACCGAUUUCUCGAAGCGUUUGAAGAGAGAUGAGACAGUGGUGGAAAGACAGAUACGGCAGAACAUUCAGUUCUUGGCUGACGACUCAUUAAAAGGCCGGCAGCCAGGGACAUUUGGAGAAGAGGUCGCAGCCGCUUUUGUGGCUAGUCAAAUGGAAGAAAUUGGUUGCUUGCCUGCGGGUGAAGAUGGAACAUAUUUUCAGACCAUCAAGAUGGUGGGUAUGACUGCCAAGGAGGGUACAUCAAAACUUGCUUUCAAGGUGAAGGACUUCCAAUUGACUGGCAAGUUCGGAGAUGACUAUGUUCAUUCAAUGGAUCCUGUCAGUUGUGGAGACGAAUUUGCAAGCUUGGACAACUUGGAUCUAGUAUUUGUAGGGCAUGGUGUCAGUGCCCCAGAACUGGAGUGGGAUGACUUUAAAGGUGAAGAACUAACAGGUAAGGUCCUACUAGUAAUAGUCAAUCAGCCACAAGUGGAGCCAUUUCCAGCAGAAGAUAUGCUUUACUAUGGUCGGUGGACAUACAAAUUUGAAGAAGCAAGGAGACGAGGUGCAGCCGGGUGCUUCAUUCUCCACUCCAGUGAGGAGUUUGCUGGCUAUCCUUGGAGUGUUACUCGCACUGGAUAUACUGGCGAGAAAGUUUCUUUGGAGAAAGAAGAGGUCAACCCUUUGGCAGUGCAUGGCUGGUUAAACCGAGAACUCGGAGAGAAAUUGGCCCAGGCCUAUGGAAGUACGCUUGAGAUAUGGCUGUCAGCUGCGAAAGAUCCGGAGUUUCGACCCUUCACUGUUGGCAGUAUAUCACAUGAAGCAGAGUAUGACAUGCGACACUUCCAGGGCCGAAAUGUGCUUGGAAUAAUUCCUGGUGCCAGCCAAAAGCACUGCCAAGAAAUCAUCGUCAUUGCAGGUCAUCACGAUCACCUUGGUGAGCGGCAAGGGGAAAUCUACAACGGUGCAGUUGAUAACUGCACUGGGGUUGCAAUGAUGUUAGCAACGGCUCGCCUAGUGAAAAAUUCUGCUGCCUUGAGCAGGUCUGGGCUCUUUAUGGCUCCCACUGCAGAGGAAUGUGGUCUUCUGGGGUCAAAGUUCUAUGCAGCUGACCCCUUACCUGUAGAUGGUAAAAAACUUCAUCCCAUUGCUGCUUUUGCAUUUGAUGUUGGCAAUGUUUGGGGGAAGACAGAGGAUAUUGCCGUUCUUGGCUAUGGGAAGAGUUCCUUAGAUCCUAUCCUUCAAGAAGCGGCUGCAUCGCGAGGCCUCCGAAUUAUCCCUGAUCAACAGCCUAAAAUGGGCCUAUUCUACAGGAGCGACCACUGGAGUUUCGUGCGUUCCGGAAUUCCCGGAUGCUGGUUUUUCUUUGGCCAAGACUUCAUUGGCAAGCCAGGCACCUACUACGAAGAGGUAGUUGGUCGAUACAUCAAGACAGAGUACCACAAGCCAGCUGACACCUACAAGUCUCAUUGGAGUAUGGAAGGCUUGUUGUCUCAAGUUGAAUACACCUUGGCGGUGGUAAAGCUAUUGGGGACACGAGUUGACUUCUACCCAAAGAUCCUCACGGGCACCUCAGUCAUGGCAGAGAUCCCCAGCGUGGACAAGUCGUGGACGCGACGGCCUUUUGAAAUGGUUGCCGUGCGCAAGGGUGAGCUUUACGAAGCCACUGUGAGGAUAGGCAUCCAGGACAUGGAGGAGUUUCAGUUCAUGCGGGAUGCGGAUGUGCUCCAGGCGAUCUAUCCAGCAGAGAAGGGUGGUGGAAGUGCACCAGUGUGUGGUCCAGACUCCGAGGGCUCUGGAAAGUUCUGGCGAAUUGCCGGAAGCACUGGGGAGAGCUGGACCAUCCGACUGGAGGUGGGCAUCCAUGGAAUCUCCGUGGUGAUCACAGGCACCCGAGGGCAGAGAAGGUGGUCAAGCAAAAGGUGA